UUUAAUUUAAGGCUUUCGCUGUCAGCUUGAUCUAUCUACACUACUCACCAGUCUCCACAAAUUAUCAAUCUCUCUGCUUCUCUGCUACUUGUUUUUUUUGUUAUCCAGGGUUUAGGUUUUUUGUUUGAGAUAAGAGAGAUAGGAGGAUGACGACGGCGACGUCGUAUGGUGCAGCUCAUAGUGCAGUGUUGAAGGAAGGGAAGAAGAUUCAGAUAGGGAGUUUUGGUGGAUUGAGGAGUAGGAAUUCAGUUGGUUUGAGUAGUAGACAUGUCAAUUUGUUUUCAGUUUCAAUUGCUAGACCUAAUCCGCUUAUCAGAGCUGUCUCCACGCCAGUAAAGCCAGAGACUGAAACUAAGCGUAGCAAGGUUGAGAUAAUCAAAGAACACAGCAAUUUUAUCAGGUACCCUCUUAAUGAGGAGUUGCUCACAGAUGCCCCGAACAUUAACGAGUCUGCUACACAAAUAAUCAAGUUCCAUGGGAGCUAUCAGCAGUAUAACAGAGAUGAACGAGGGGCAAGAUCUUACUCUUUUAUGCUUCGUACAAAGAAUCCAUGUGGGAAAGUCCCGAACAAAUUGUACUUGACCAUGGAUGAUCUUGCUGAUCAGUUUGGAAUCGGAACACUUCGAUUGACAACCAGGCAAACAUUUCAGCUCCACGGUGUUCUAAAGAAGAACCUCAAGACUGUGAUGAGCAGCAUUAUCCAUAGCAUGGGUUCAACUCUUGGUGCAUGCGGUGAUCUUAACAGGAAUGUUUUGGCCCCUGCUGCUCCAUUUGCAAGAAAAGAUUACCAAUUUGCACAGCAAACCGCUGAUAAUAUUGCUGCACUUCUAACUCCCCAGUCUGGUUUCUACUAUGAUAUGUGGGUGGAUGGAGAGAAAAUAAUGUCGGCAGAACCUCCAGAGGUAGUGAAGGCCCGCAAUGACAAUUCUCAUGGAACCAAUUUUCCUGAUUCACCGGAGCCCAUCUAUGGAACUCAAUUCUUGCCUAGGAAGUUCAAAAUCGCAGUCACUGUGCCAACAGACAACUCUGUGGACCUUCUCACAAAUGACGUUGGUGUGGUUGUUGUUACUGAUGCUGAUGGGGAACCUCAGGGGUUUAAUUUAUUUGUUGGUGGUGGUAUGGGAAGAACUCAUAGGCUAGAGACCACUUUUCCUCGGUUGGCAGAACCAUUGGGUUAUGUACCAAAAGAAGACAUUCUAUGUGCAGUGAAAGCUAUUGUUGUCACUCAACGAGAAAAUGGGAGGAGAGAUGAUCGUAAAUACAGUAGAAUGAAAUAUUUGAUAAGCUCCUGGGGAAUUGAGAAGUUUAGAAGUGUUGUGGAGCAAUAUUAUGGGAAGAAAUUUGAGCCUUCCCGUGAGUUGCCUGAGUGGGAAUUUAAAAGUUACUUGGGAUGGCACGAGCAGGGUGAUGGUGGCUUGUUUUGUGGGCUCCAUGUUGAUAGUGGUCGUAUUGGGGGGAAAAUGAAGGCGACAUUAAGGGAAAUAAUAGAAAAGUACAAUUUGGAUGUACGUCUCACACCAAACCAGAACAUCAUCUUGUGUGGUAUUCGCAAAGCAUGGAAGCGCCCAAUCACGACUGCUCUUGCACAGGCUGGUUUACUGCAACCCAAGUAUGUAGACCCCCUCAAUUUGACUGCAAUGGCAUGUCCAGCUUUACCACUGUGCCCGUUGGCAAUAACUGAAGCUGAACGGGGAAUACCUGACAUCCUCAAACGUAUUAGAGCUGUAUUCGAGAAGGUUGGUCUCAAAUACAAUGAAUCUGUGGUAAUAAGGGCAACUGGCUGUCCCAAUGGCUGUGCCAGACCAUACAUGGCUGAACUUGGAUUUGUUGGUGAUGGCCCUAAUAGCUACCAGCUUUGGCUUGGGGGAACACCCAAUCAAACUUCAUUAGCAAGAACCUUCAUGAAUAAGGUUAAGAUUCAUGACCUUGAAAAGGUUUUGGAACCUCUGUUUUAUAAUUGGAAAAGGAAAAGACAAUCCAAAGAAUCAUUUGGCGACUUCACAAACCGAGUGGGAUUUGAAACUCUUCAAGACUGGGUUGAGAAAUGGGAUGGUGUGGUGGCUACACGGUCCACAUACAACCUGAGACUUUUUACUGAUAAGGAUACAUAUGAAAAAAUGGAUGAACUUGCAAAAUUGCAGAAUAAGACUGCGCAUCAGCUGGCCAUGGAAAUUAUUCACAAUUAUGCUUCUGCCCAGCAAAAUGGGAAAGGGGAAUGAGUUUCCUACACAUCUUCUGCAAUCUUCUUACCUGGCAAAAUGGCUUGAGUUUAUUGUCCAAGAAUUAUGCAACCAGUACCGGUCCUAGAUAAUUGAGUGCAAAAGCAACCCGGGAAACCUCUGUUUUUCUGUCAUCCAGCAAUUCUUGAUGGGCAGCUUCUGCAUUUUCAUCUGAAUUCUUUUCGCAGAUGUACAACUAACUUGACUUGGUCCUGAUUUGGAAUUUUCGAGUUUUUGAUGUUCCCAUUUUUCAUGUUUUUCAAAUGGGAUCGGCUGGAUAGCGUGUUGAAAUCCUGCACAAUUGAGGUUCUUAGGUAGUCAUAUUCCUUCUUAGUUCAUAGUAAACUGCAUCUGGAAAUUGAAGCUUAACCUCCAAAGGUGGCAUCUUAAGGCAACUAGUUCAGUUUCAGAAAAAAAUGGAAAAUUGCUGCGAUAAUUUUGGAACA